AUUGCCACAGCGGGGCCCGGUCACGUUCCCACCCUGCUGUGCCCGGCUCCCGUCCAAUAGAAAUACACCGACCCUGCGAGGCUGCGACGUCGCAAGUAGGACACCCUCCCCGUCGGAUUGGGAUCCUCGCCAGUCGACUGGCCGCGGAGCCCAUAGCCGGCCAAUUCCGACGCCAUGGCCGACCACGACGACGCUGCCGUCCUCUCGGACGUCGACGAGGACCUUCUCCCAUCAUCAUCCCCCUCCAUCUCUUCUGCCUCCUCCCACAAAACCCUACCGCAAGCCCAACCCCUGCCACAGUCCGAUGCCCAGGCACAACAGCAGCGGCUGCUGGCCCUGGCCGCGGAGCUCGAGGAGGAGCGCCGCCUCCGCCACGCAGCCGAGGCCUCCAUCGCGGGGGCCGAGUCCCGCGUCGCCCGCUACAAGGCCUUCGCGCAGGACGUGCUCCGCAAGAGCGACGCCCUCACCGCCGAGGCCGCGGACUCCGCGCGGUCCCUCGCCGCGCUCCAGGCCGAGGCCACCACCGCCUCCUCCAUGCUCUCCUCCGGCUUCGAGAGGAUCUCCGCCAAGGCCUCCCCUUCCGCGGCCGCCGCCCCGCUCCCCACCUCCCAGAAGUACUCCUCCGGCCUCCCGGCCCUCGCGUACGGCGUCCUCAAGCGCGCCAACGACAUCGUGGACGACCUCCUAGCCCAGAUCAACGCUGCUAACCGCGACCGCGAUCGCGCGCGCGAGCAGAUGGAACACCGCAACUACCAGAUCGCCAUCGAGGUCUCUGAGCUCGAGGCGUCGCUCGCAUCCAGGUCUGCCGAGGGCGAAUCCCUCUCCAAGUCACUCUCCCAGCGAGAAGCUGAGAUCUCCGAGCUCCGUGACAAAAUCACCUCUCUCGAGGGGAAGCUCGAUGCCCAGAGGCCCGUGCUGGCGGAGCAGAUCGAAUGCACCUCGAAGCUGUACCACGAGAUGCGGCAGGUGGUCAAGCUGGUCGAUGCUGAAGCUGCCAGUGCCCUGUCCGAUUCGGUUUUUGUCUGGAAGGAGUCUGACGUUGAGGAGAGCCUUAAGGUGUCUCUGGAAGGGACGAAAUUGGCCUAUGAGCUUGCGGCAAUGGCCCUUGAGAAGGUCGGAGCUUGUAUCAAUGACAAGGAGAGCAAGCUGAUGCGUUUGGAGGACAGGGUGGAUGAACUGAUUAAAGAGAAGGAGCACAUUAGUGUGCUGCUCCGGAGCGCGCUGCAGGCAACCACCAGUGAGGUGUUAAAGGUUGCAGAGGAUGGACUGAGGGAAGCUGGCAUUGAGAUUGGGCUUGAUGAGCGAAAGGUGCACGGGCCAGGGAAUGUGGAGAAGGACGAGGUCUAUACCCUGGCAGGGGCUCUCGAGAAUACCAUGAAGGAAUCCCAGGUCAGGAUCAUUGAGCUCCAACAUCUUGUCGAAGCACUAAGGGCAGAAUCUGGUUUACUUAGAACAAGGCUAGAAGGACAAGAAAAGGAGAUUGGUCAGCUAAGAAAGCAAAUAAAGCACGUUGAAGAGAAGGAAAGGGUGGCAAAUGAAAGUGUUGAGGGUCUUAUGAUGGAUGUGACAGCUGCUGAAGAGGAGAUUAAACGGUGGAAGAUGGCAGCAGAGGAAGAAGCUGAAGCUGGUAGAUCAAUUGAGCAAGAGUUUCAAAUUCAGAUAUCAUCCCUCCGCAAGGAAUUGGACGAAGCUAAACAAGCUAUGGUGGAGCUAGAAAACAAGCUGAAGUUCAAGGAAGAGACAGCUGCUGCUGCAAUGGCGGCGCGCGAUGCUGCGGAGAAGUCUCUAAAGCUAGCAGACAUGCGGUCGUCCAGACUACGCGAGAGGCUGGAGGAGCUUAACAGGCAGCUCGAAGAAUCAGAUAGUAGAAUAGACUCGGUAAAUCGCAAUGGCCAUAGGAGGUACAUGUGCUGGCCAUGGCAGUGGUUGGGACUGAACUACAACUACGUGCGGUUACCUCCAGUGGAGGCAGAUGAGACGUCCAAUGAGAUGGAGCUAUCUGAACCCCUAAUAAUAUAGGUGCUCCGGCCUCCACAUUUAUACAGAUCCCGCUCUUUUUCAGUAGAUAAAGGGGAACAGUAGACUUUUGUUUUUUUUGGUUUGGGUUCUUGUGUAGAUGUUUUUUUCCUAAUUUAUUGAUGCAUGUUUUGCGGAAAACUGACGGGUAAUUGUAAAAAGGUACCACUUGGGACAUACAUAGUAGUGAGAUGAUGAGAAGUUCAUUCUUUGACGAGACUGUUCUGGUUUAA